GUGGACAUAGAUGGAUGGCGACACCUGCCAAUCCUCGCCAACGUCACUAAGCGGGUUCAGCUUCUCUUGCAUAAAUAACACAGUCUACACGUUGACUGUAAUCCACGUACACAGGAGUCAAGAUGGAGAGCCGUGGAACUGUGCGGUCAAUUAUAUUGGAAGCACUAUGACGCCAAGCAAUAACAUAACACUCAGUGUUCUUGUUUAUAUCAAGACCCUAACAAUUCACCCGCAAAACGAUAUAAUGUAUCUGAUUUUAAAUCAACCACACAAUAUAACCUGUACCAGCGACUUUGGAAAACCCAGUCCUUCGAUAUUCUGGUUUAAACAUCUGACUACAGGCGGUACAACUUAUGACAUAGAUAUAACAGGAUUUUCGUCAGCAACACCUUUGAAUCACAUUACCGUCAGCACGUUGAAUUUCUUCCCUUCUAAAUCUGAUCACAACAUGCGACUUUCGUGCAAGGGAAACAACGGAGGAUUAACGAUCAGCUCAGAAGCAACACUGAUUAACGUCCUAUACGGACCAAAUACACCGGAAAUUUUGUUCAAAGGAACGAACGUGUCCGGCACGUUAAACAUAUCUUCUGGUCAGUCUCUAACACUCAGUUGUAAGAGUAUUAGCAACCCACCUCCGACCUAUUUAUGGCGCUAUCCAGGUGGUUCUGCAACGGGUGCAAUUUUAACAAUACCAAGUAUUCAACUUAACCAUGAUGGAAUAUUCACGUGCACAGCGCAAAACACCAUCCUAUCGUCCACGGGUAGAAUCAUUUCCGAGCAUAACACAUCAGCGGUUAACGUUUUUGUUCUUGAUCCGAUAACGAACGUUUCGGUUGUCGGUAAAAACGUGGGCGUCGUUUUGAUGAAAGAGCAGGAAACCAAAUAUUUUAAGUGUGAGACCUCUACCGGAAAGCCAGUGGCAACUGUUCAGUGGUAUAAGGAUAAUAAUACACCGGACAAAAUAACAGAUGAUAUACCGUUUUUUCCGUCGAGCUUCAAUACCACGAUAAGUGUGGAUUCAUCCGUAAGGAGCGUCUUAAAGUACAAAGCAGUCCGCCAAGACCAUCGCAUGAGCAUAUAUUGCACAGCGACCAAUGUUGGAGUUGUUUUGACAUCAGAGGCAAAAAUAACGUUGAGCAUAUCAUCGCCUCCUGAAACUCCGGUUUCGCUAGAAGUUCCCAAGAUUGACGUGGACUAUGCAACUGUGUGCUGGCGUUACACAGACAAUAUUAAGCCAGACUUCAUCUUGGAAUCAAAAAGCUGGAUUUAUGCGUGGAAGCAACAUCAAAAGUCAGAAAUGAUCGAUAAGGCUGACUCAAAAAUAAUAUGCACCGACCUCCGUAUGCUUGAGCCAUCUACCCAAUACAACGUUCGAGUAUUUGCCACAAACGAUUUUGGAAACAGUACAUAUUCUAAUAUCGAAUCAUUUACGACACAGAUGCUUUCGACAACCGCUCGUGUUCCGUCUACACCAGAAGAGCCUUCUUCAAACGAUUCAACCGACGAACUAGACGGUGGUAUUUUGACGGCCUUAGCAGUGGUACUGUGUAUGCUGCAUGGGAUGUACAUGUAAUCGACAACCAUAACAGACUGCGUACAAGAGUGAGAGUGUGGAAUAUUACUGUUAAUUCUAUGAAUGCACGUGUGAACUAUUGUAAGAAAAACAAUGGCCAACUUGAAAAUUUCAAACGCCUUUUAAAUGGUUGAAUAUAUUACGAACACCAAUUCCAUGUAUAAUAAAUAAUUUAUGACUGCAGAGUAUUCCUAACAAAAUAUACCUUGGUAAAUCAGUAAGCAAAGCGUAUAGGAUUGACCGUGGGUUCCGAACAAGGACUUAAUAAUUUCCUUUAGAGGAAGUGGUGUCGCGUGAAAGAAGAUACCAUGAAACGAUAUGUUGGUGACAUUUAAGAUCAUAAAUAGUGGUAUAUAUGUAUAUAAAUUUUACAUGUGAUUACAUGUGUUUAUCGCAGAUCCAUAUACUGUAAGAAUUUUAAUGUUAAGUAUAAAGUCAAAAACACUUACUAUAACACGUUUAAAAUCUGUUCGACAGAAUAACGAAACUGUUGUUCUAUAUUGUAUUUAUUUAUUAAAGUACAGUUAUCAUACAUAUUAUUUCGAGACCAAUCAUAAAAUGUUCCGUUAUUUCAUUAUAAUUACACUACUAACAUAUAUUGGUGAUUAUCACGAGGACCUUAAAAAAUAAAUGCCAUACUUUGUGGAUGAUCAAUUUAGAGUACAUCGUGUGCUCCACGCAAGACUAUCGUAACUCACUUUUAAUUUUUCUAACAGGAGAGGCAAAAAAACGUUGUAUUGUUCUUUAUACCUUUGUUAAAGACAUAAGUUCCUAAAUAUAGUACAAAUUAACAAUCUUGUACAUAUGGAAUAGUAAAAUACAAAUUAACUUUCAUAAUUUUAUAUUUUUUGAACUUUUUUUGAGUUACGAUACUUUUGCAGGAAUAAGGCGACAUUUUUGGGUUGGUUUUCCACGACAAAGUAUCUUUACUGGAGUUACAAUAUUUUUGCAUUGGAAUACCAUCAACAUGGAAGGAAUUUAUUGACACAAAUAUCGUAUGUUUUGUUGUUCCAGUUUUCAAGUGCAAGAAAUUUAAAAGAUUUGUCUGCUUUAAUUUUGGGAACUUUAAUAAUAAUUUAUAAUGGCCAGACGUAAAGUAAGUUCAUUAAACGUAAAACUUAAACUUGUAAUAUUUUGACACUUUUAUUGUUUUAAACAUUGUUUUAACUUAACAAUAUUGUAACAAAACAAUACAUAAUAAAAAUAUUUUAUAAUUGUAUCAGUUAUUAAAUAUUCAGCUCUCUCUAAGUUGGUAUUGUACUAAAAUGCUUGUUAUAUAAGUAUUGUUUUUUGCAUAGCUAUUUUUAAAAUAUAAUAAUCUUUACAUAUUUACAGAAAUCUAAAUUAAAAAAUUGAGUGUUUUCUUGAAAUAUGUAUUUAUUUAAACUAGAAUCCAGGAUCAUUAUACAAUAUUGUCAAGGCUAUUAUCACAAUUAUUUGAUGGUUUAAAUGAAAAUGCUUUGAUGAUGCCUAUCUAUUAUCCGCUUUAUUUUAGAAUAAUAUGGAAAAAAUAUCCUAUCGAAAUCCUUUUAAGAAGAAAUGUAUUCCCAUGCGACGAAUAAUAAUUAUUAUAGUAAUACUUUAUAAAUAAAGAUGUCCCCUUCACGCAAAGGGGUCGACGUGUCAGUCAUAUUCAUUCCCACUCUAGAGUAUUAUUUUCGUCUUAAGGUAGCGCACCCGUAAUGGGCACCUAUCCAAAUAUUGUCUAAUAUAUUAUUUUGUUGGUCAGCAUCAUUUCACUGAACUACAUGCACAUUUUUAGGUAGUCUGUCCAUGCUUUAAAAAAAAUAUAUUGAUUUUUUUCAAAAUCACCCCACACUCGGCUUUUGUCAAGUUUAUACGCACCCCUGGGGUAUAUGAAAGUUCCAUAAUUAAUCCAGAUUUCCAAAUAUAGGCAUGCAGUUGAUAUGUACAGAUGCAGUAAAGGUGUUAAAAGUUUAAACAAGAUGAAAAAAGGUUUAUUUUACAGACAUUUAUUUUUUAUAACUUGUUAUCUAUGGAAGAGCGCCAUGAAAUGUAAGUCGUUUCAGGCAAGUAGAAAUUGGUUUGGUUAAAAACAAAGUGUCAUAAAAUUCAAAAUAGUAUCAUUUUAGUAAUUUUUUUAACUUAGUUUUUAUAGAUACACUAUAUACAGCAAAAAUACAAAGAAAUAGACAGAUUUACCGUUUACUUUUUGAAAUAGAAAUAAAAAUGCAACUUGCAUGGUUCGUAUUUUCAGCAAUUAAUCACCCGAUUUAGCCCUAACGUUGCUUUAAUUUUAAAAAUUGAAGAAUGUGCAUACAAAUUGCAACAUAUUUAACAAUAAACAUAGCUUAUAUGCCAUAUUAAAUCAAAUUACGUUAGAAAAGAAAUCAAACGCGUCGCAAAAAAGUGUACUUCGUCGGCAGGAUUCGAACCUGCGCGGGAAUAUCCCAAAAUAUUUCUAGUCUAUCGCCUUAACUACUAGGCUACGGCACCUAAUAUUAGGCUCUUCUACCUUCGAAGAAAUCGCGGGAAAUCAUUAGCGGUGCGCUACCUUAAUGAAUAAUCAUAUUUUAAUAGAUAGAUAAAUAGCUCCGGGGUCUCAACAUUUCUUUUCGAUUAAAAUUACAAAAGAAGUAUGAUCAGUUUUUAUACAUUUAUUGUAGUUUUAAAGGUAUUUUGUUAAUUGGACAAGUAUACCUUUAAUAAUUGUAAGUGCUUAUAAUCAAAUGAUAUUUACUCGGCAAUACACUAUUCAAUUCUAUUAGAGUGGUAUCACAAAGUGACGGUACAAGACGCUAUUUCAAAAUAAACAUCAAUACGUAUGUAUGUUCUUAAUAAAAACCAUAUUAGGCUGGAUCAGAACAAAAAUAAAUAUACUCUCGUAGUAUUUAUUCAGUGUCGCUAACACAAAGAAUACAACUCGUUCAUAAUGGCGUCAUUGUGUAGAUUCCUUCAAUUGUGUAUCCAAACCACGUCCCUGUGUAACUCCAAAAGUGAAGAUAAAGACAAUAAUACGAUUUACAAGCAAUUUAAACAUGCUUUGAUAGUUUGCAUUACCUAGUUUCUAGGUUACAGGUUGAAUUGUGUUUAUGUGUACCUUUGUUAUGUAUAUCGGUAGGGUAGUAAAAUUAUGUUUAUGUCAAAAUCCUGGUAUGCAACGACAAACGCUUAAAAGCAACUAUCUACAUCUAAAAUGUUAUGUUUAGCACUGUACAUUUAGACAUUGAUUAAAAAGGCACAUGG